AGAACCACAAGGCAGUGGCUGAGCACACUGGCAUCCCAGUGGUCACACGAUGCUGAUCAUAUCAAGUAACCAUGAUCGCAGCGGAGCCCGCAGGAGUUAUAAAUACACCGCCACCGAGCCCCAACUGGAUAACAAUUGAGUAAUGACAAUAGAAAUAGCUCACACUCCAUAGGACCAUCUUUCCCCUUCCUGAAGAACUCUUCUGAAAUCAGCAGCCUGGCAAUGGAGAGAUGGCCAGAGCCGGUUAGGGGAGAGCUUCACAUCUUUCAGAAGAUGGAGGAAGAGCUUCAAGCUAGAGCCGGGUCCCCAGUGCUCGAGUACCAUGCUGCCUUGGUCACGGGAGACCUGAGCCGUCUUGAGCUGCUCAUGAACGAGUUCUUCCAGGAUGCCAAUGUGGUGUUCGAGAUCAAGAAGGAUGAGAUGGAAUGGCAGGUGAAAUCCCCAGCCACGUUUGGACUGUCAGGCCUCUGGACCCUGGAGUACAAGCGUGAGCUCACCACGCCUCUGUGCAUCGCUGCGGCCCGCGGCCACACGGCCUGCGUGCGCCACCUGCUCAGCCGCGGCGCGGACCCCGACGCCAGCCCCGGUGGCCAGGGAGCCCUGCACGAGGCCUGCCUGGGGGGCCACACGGCCUGCGCCCAGCUGCUGCUGCAGCACGGCGCCGACCCCGACCUGCUCAGCGCCGAGGGCCUGGCGCCCCUGCACCUCUGCCGAACCGCCGCCUCGCUCGGGUGCGCGCAAGCGCUGCUGGAGCACGGCGCCUCGGUGCAGCGCGCGGGCGGCGCGGGCCGGGACACGCCGCUGCACGUGGCGGCCCAGCGCGGCCUGGACGAGCACGCGCGCCUCUACCUGGGCCGCGGCGCGCCGGUGGACGCGAGGAACGGCCGCGGCGAGACGGCCCUGAGCGCGGCGUGCGGCGCGGCGCGGCGGCCCGACGAGCACGCGCGCCGCCUGCGCCUGUGCGUGCUGCUGCUGCGGCGGGGGGCGGCGGCGGACGCGCGCGACGAGGACGAGCGCAGCCCGCUGCACAAGGCCUGCGGCCACGCGCUCCCGGGCCUGGCGCGCCUCCUGCUGCGGCACGGCGCCGACGCGGGCGCGCUCGACUACGGCGGGGCCUCGCCGCUGGCCCGCGCGCUGCAGACCGCAGCCUUCGCCGCGGAGGCCGCGUCGCAGCGCACGGUGCAGGCGCUGCUCAACCACGGCUCCCCCAGCGUGUGGCCCGACGCCUUCCCCAAGGUGCUGAAGACCUGCGCGCCAGCCCCCAUGGUGAUCGAGACGCUUUUCAACUCCUACCCUCAGCUCCGUGUGUCUGAGUCCUGGCGGGAAGUGAUUCCGGAGGAAGUAUUUCAGAUGCACCAGGCCUUCUACCGGUCUUUGUUUGCUUUGGCCCACACCCCCCGCUGUCUGCAGCACCUGUGCCGUUGUGCCAUUCGGAAGUUACUUGGCAAGAAGUGUUUCCACCUCGCACCCCUGCUACCCCUCCCAAAGUCCCUGCAGAAUUACCUCCUUUUGGAGCCGGAAGGUGUUUUGUACUGAAAACCAGAGCGCUGGGACUGAGGCUCUGAUUCUCACUGCUGCCUUCUGUAGAGGCGGUGCGCUCAGGGGGGAGGAGGGGCAGACCCGGACGGCACCUGCCACGUCCCCUGGCGGACGCACGGACCUCACAGAUUCCCGGUCACUUUGGAACAGAACUGGCAAUAAAAGGCCUUUCUGCCUCUCAGGGUUGCUCGUGAGGGUCAAGGUUGUGAGUUCCACAGUACUGGCAUCAGAGAGUACUUUUCAACAGAAGUUGAACGAAAAGAUACCCAUGUUUUCCCAAGGCUUGUGUCCUGCCUGUGGUGGGUUAACAGCCUCCAUGCUUCCCCCUCAGCCAUCAGACCAUCAGCCUCACAGGCACUGUCCCACCCCUCCUGGAACCUGGCCGCCUGGAAGGGCUCUGUGCCCAACACGUGAGAGGGGUAUGUACUGAGAGAGAACACCUGUUUCCGUAACAAGAGCGCCUUUCUGGAGCCCCCUGGUGCUUCCCAGCACAUCACAGUCCCGAAGCCCCUAAGGGACAUUGGAGGGGCGGCGAGCCCAGCGUUCUGGUCCCAUGUGAGUCUUCUGACACUCUCGCCAAACCCCAAAUGAUUCAGCGUGGCAACCUGCAGGAAGCCAGAUGCCAGGAACGGACACGGGUUGGUAGGGGUCGCCAUCAACCCAGCCUGGGCAUCACAUACACAGAGAGCUGCUCAAGGUGUCAGGACUGCAUAGGCCAUACCUUAUUUUCUGUAUUCUGGUGCUUUUGGUAUCUGGGACCUGGCUGACCCUGGAGGGACUGCCCCUUCCAGGGCUGGUCGAUUCCUGAGGACAGCAAACCGUUCACCCCCAAGCACGCUUUCAAAUGCAACCCCACCAAUCCAGAGCUCUCACCCCCACCCGCCUCCUUUACUGGGCUGUCACACUCUGGGCUACGGUCCACCUGUCCUAACGGUCCCAGGGCCAGGUGCCAGACAGGUAGGGACAGCCCUUAUACCCCAGAGCCUGCUGAAAUGACUCCCACUAGCCGAUCCUAAGCCCGUCUGUCCCGCCUGGCCCUGUUCCUUCCAUGGAAACCACAAGAGAGGCUUUUGUCCACAUCCCUUCCCCCAACCUCCUGACCAACCCUGGUGCUUCCCCACGUGCCCGCCCCAUGGCAUGCCGUGUCCCUUCUCUUGGGAAUGGUGAGUAAUAAACGAUCUUUUCGAUGGUAGUUGUCCUCUAAUCUGUUUGCCUCCACAAGCCCUCAAAGUUUUUGUCGAUACACCAGAUUGCGAAACAAGAACUCUUCACCACCAUCCUCUGGGGUUAAGCAGGGGCUCCAUCUUUUCCGGUUUGAGCCAGUGCGCGGGUGUGCUGAGACGGGCCUGGGGGGCGGGGCAUGCCUCCCACGGCUGCCGAUCUGGAAGGGAGCGCACAGCCUAGGCAGCACCUGCAGCAUAGAUGGACCGCUGUGUGCGCCAUGAUGAGGCCUACUGUGGAGCUGUGAAGGGUACCAGCCAGCCCCCCCCCCCCCCCCCGCACCGUGAGGGCAGACAUCCUGAAGCAGGUAGCCGGGCUGAGCCUCGAUUUCAACACAGUGGGCCAAGGGGGUGAUAGGACGGCGUCCCCCAGCACUUUCAUCUGACCCACCCUCACACCCCCACCCCAAGAGGACGGCUGUCCCCAAGCCCCUCCUCCAUAAACAUUCUGCGGUCCCCACUGUUUCAAAGGCAGGGUGCAGGAAUGUGCAGGGUGUGGUGGAGGAACAGAGACCCGGCCUCCUGGAGGGGAGGGUCCUUGUGCUUUGGCAGCUGGACGAAGGAAGGACUGGAUGGCAUGGGGGCACAUUGGGAGGGUCUUGGCUUCCAGACCAGGGCUUCUGAAUUUCCCUGGAGAAGCCGUGAGGCUCCACGGAGCAGGUGCGCAGAUGUGGUCACCACGGGACUCUCGGGAGACCGCUUUGUCCUGGAAAGGCAGACAGCAUGCUGCGGGACAGGCAGGAGCCCACAGUGACACCCCAGGGAAAGGGUUGCGCCCCCAAGCAAGAGCAGCUACUUAACUGAAGUCAAAUGUGAUGUCUCAACUGGACAGUGAAAGUGUCCACGCACCUCCUGUCAGGUCAGGAUUCGGCCAGAGAACUGUCGCAAGGUAGGUUUCACCAACUGGAAAAGGAUCUUGUUGAAUUGCAGAUUCUGACUCUGGAGGUCUGGGCUAGGGCCUGGAUCAUGUACGUCUGUGAACGUGAGGGUUCUUCACGAGUGUGGAUAACAGCCCUGCUCUCGGGGGCGGGGGUGGCCCCACUGAGUGCAGAGACCGCAAAACCCCAGGUCCAGAGCCCGCCCAGGGAAGGAGCUCAGUAAAUGGUCCCUUCUGUUACUAUGACUGCAUCAUUAUUAGAUGAAAACAGGCUGAUCGAGGGAUAAGAAGUGGAAAAGCCAAGCCAUUUAUAAGAAUAAGAAGGGCAAGAAUACAGGGUAAGAAGUGCAGCCACUGAGGAGCCCUGUCCUCACUGGAUUUUGCAAAUGAGAAUCUGAGCAAACAUACUGUCCUUAUAGGAUGUAAUCCUGAGCCACCCCCCCUCCAUCCCGGCCACCUGAGAAAACAGUUCGGCCGUAUUUCUGAAAUGCAUUACAAUGUAAAUGUUUUAGAGUCCUGGAACAAAGUAGAACUCCCUUAAA